UGCUUCCGUGUCCCUAAAAUUACUCGAGGAAACUAAACUUUGCUUUACCCCUACCUGUGCCCCUACUUUGUGACAACGUUUCAGUCACAGAAUAAGGACUGGUCCGUGUUUCAGUCGCGGCGCGACCGUCAGGUCUGUGGUCAGUGACAUUGUGUAACUUCGUUGUCACUGUGUCGAGAGUCUCUGUAAAAUGUCACGAGUAUGAGCUGAGACUAUAGGUAGAUAUUAUUCAAGGACAGUUAAAUCGAGAUAAUUGUUUCACCACCACAGAAUGCAUUUUCGGUAUUUUCCACCAGUGAAGCAUUGUAACGCCCAAAGAGGGUAAUACCAGUACCAAUCCGGGACAUGCGAAGUUGAUCACCUGUUUAUAGCCAUGAGGGUUCUUCUGAUGAAGUUCCGUGAGGUCAGUACCAAAUAUCCGGUUAUUCGGGGAAUGGCAUCCUACACCGUAAUAUGGCCCACAGCAAGUUUGAUCCAACAGAAGUUCAUUGGUAAAGAUGAAAUAAGUUACAUGCAGGCAUUAAGGUUCAGCUUGUAUGGAGGCUUCUUUGUUGCACCCACUCUUUUCUGCUGGAUUAAAUUUGCUUCCUAUGUCUGGCCCAAAUCUGAUCUCAAGUCAGGAAUCAUAAAGGCACUUGUGGAACAAGUUACUUAUGGGCCAGCUGCCAUGUGCUGCUUCUUCUUUGGAAUUAAUCUCCUUGAAUUCAAACCAGUCGAUGAAUGUAUAAAAGAAGUGAAAGAGAAGUUCUUACCAACUUAUAAGACUGGAAUAUUUGUCUGGCCAAUUCUCCAGACGAUUAAUUUCACCGUAAUCCCUGAAAGAAAUAGAGUUGUCUAUGUGAGCAUCUGCAGUCUAAUGUGGACUUCGUUCCUUGCUUACAUGAAAUCACUGGAAAUAAAACGACUUGAACAAAGUUCAGAAUCCAAUCAUACCACUAAGACAAAGGACAUAGAAGAGCAACAGCAGCAAGAUCUACCAAAAAGUGCGACUAAGACAAGUUUGCAGUUAUCUCAUUAACAUCAAAGUGUAAUAGGUAUUGAGCAAUUUUUUAAUAUAGUUUAGUGGUAUGAGAUCAUCUAAAUGAUUCCAAAAUCAUGUUUGUCAUAGCUGUGAAACCAUACAUAUAACAUUCGAUUAAACUCAUUACUGCUAUGCCCUGAGUCAUAGGAAAAGUUGAUUCAAACAAUUCAUAAAAGUAUGACAUGACUUGGUAAAAAUUAUUGUUCAAAAUACGACUACCCACUACUAUCCAAUGUUUCAUUUGCUGGCGACAUAGAGAGUCUUUCGCUUCUUAGUUGAUGAAUGAUUUUUGUCACAUACGGUCGCGUUUGACUAGCUCUAUCCGUGUUGCCCCAAAAUUAUUUGACACUAACUGACAAUCAAAUAAAAAUCACGAUGAAAAGUGUAUAUUGGAAUAAUUUAUUUUUAGACUGUAAUAUACAUUAGUCCAUAGUACAAAACCGUACAAUAAUUUUAGUGUGAUUCGAUCGAGAAGUCCAGUGUCUCCACUUCUGAAUCUCGAUCCAACCAAAUAAAUCUGUAUUUGGUGAAUUGUUAUUGAUGUUAUAACGAUGUUGUGUAAUGUUUACACUAAUAAAUAUAUUUGUAUAUACCUGUUAA